AUGACAGCGACAUCAACCCUCCUGUUAGUACUGCUAGUCAGCCUUCUCUUCGUCGGCAAGGCAUCUGCCUUUGGUGCUGGCGAAGUAGCAGGUACAAGCGACUUCAACGGCUUUGUAUGGCGCCACGGCGACAUCGUCGAGGUGCUUCGAUACCUCCCAGCCAGCUUCAUCACGCACUAUCGGUUCACGUUGCUCGAACGUCGCCAGAUCUACUUUGGCAACUGGCUUCGCGACUUUUCACAGGUCAUCGACACGACAUGUCUCGAAAACCUCCCCGAGCCGGCCCUGCGUGCCAUCGUGAGUGUCUUGGGCUUCAUGGAGUUUGGCUUCGCUACCGACGAGUUUGAGGUCACGAGGGAAAGACUCGGAUGCUACACGCACGUCGAGCACAUCGACAACCCCAAGGGCUAUGCGGAUAAUGCAAAAGAUGUCGAUAAGCGGUUGAGGGGCCCGCUGGAUCCGAGGGAGCUCGAGUUUGACCCCAACACGGGCAUGAAGAAUUAUAUCGCGAAUUCUGGCAACGGCUGGGACACGGCUGCCGAUUACGUUCGAGGACAGCUGCGCGAAUCCAUCAGGCUCGGGCGACAAGGGCGCAAGAAUGACCCGGCCGCCAGAAAAGAAGCCUUCAUCCACCUGGGCGCUGCUCUGCACACGCUCGAGGAUUUCUCUGCGCACAGCAACUUCACCGAGCUCUGUCUGCGGGAGCUGGGAGAGGACGACGUCUUUCCCUUCGUCGGCGCCGCAUGCAGGGUGAAGACGCCGGGAUGGAGCGGCAAGAUGGUGCCGCCCGUGGUGACUGGGACGUUUGGGAUGCUGGACAUCUUCCACAGCCUCCUUGGUGAGGCGGAUGACAUGGCGGUGCUGCAAUGCAAGGGCUCGCUUGAGAAUUUGGAAACGGAUCUCAACGUUGGAGCCAUGGCAUUCGACCAGCUUUACGAACUCCUCAAGGCCGCCAUCCAGGGCUUGUCCUCGUUGGCCUCGACAACAAUCAACGACCCGCUGCUCAAGCAGCUGGAAGCUGCAGGGGUCUUGUUCAAGAAGGCGGAAGAAGCCAAGGAGCAAGGCCAGAGUGUCGAGACCAGCGUCGACGCCAAUAUUCUCUGGCAGUCCAUCGAGCCCAUCUUCUUUCUCCACGACAGACUGAAGAAGUGGCUCCAGGAGAGCACCGCGCGGGAAGACACGGAGCCGCUGAAUCAAGAGUCGAGCACGCAGUUGGGAAAGUACGCCGAUGAGCUCGUGUUCAAAUACCUCUCGUUGAUGAUCGAGGCGUCCAUCCAGCAGCUGCGCAACGCGCUGAGGGCGGCCAAGGAUCGAGUCGACGCAGAAGCGGCCAAGUCCACCUCAGCAGAGGUCUACCUCGACGGCGACGGGUCCGACCCGAGCCACUCGGAUCUGUCCAAGGAUCACUUCAACAACGUCCUCAACCAGCCCGCCGGCCUCGUCGCCACAGUCACGACCAACUGGACGACGCAGCAGGUCGUCCGCUGCUACGACGACAGCUUCCGAGACGAGGAGGAGACCAUCGACGAGAUCCUGUCCAUCCUCCACCACCCGGCGUUUCCCGGCCGCAGCAAGACGCCCGUACAGAAGUACAUGUUCGAGGCGGUGCGCGGGUGGUGGGAGCACAACUCGGCCGAGGAACAGGCCAAGAUCCGCGGCAAGCUGACCCGGGACAGCGUGCGGGCGCGGGCGCACGAGGACCACACGCUCACGCUCAAGGACCUCGCCGGCAAGAAGAAGGGCGCCGCCGUGUUCCCCGGGUCCAGGCCCAAGGUCCGGCAGCCGCCUAAGAAGCCGUCGCCGCUGACCUGGGCCGUCGCCGAGGCCGAGAAAGAUGCCAAGUGGGCGCUGGGCGCUGCGAGGAGGGGCAUCAGGGAUCCAGCGGCCGCGGCAAAACUCCUCGGCAGUGGCAUCUAUGGCGCCGUUGCGUAUACCGUGUGGCUGACGAUGGCUACAUUUCGUGUCCUCUUGGGCUGGAUGCUUGCCUUGGUCUCUAAAGUGUGGUCAUUUGUGAAGUGA